AUGGCCAACCGCGAGUGGAUCUUCAAGCAGAGGCCGGGGCCGGAGGGCUUCAAGGCCUCGGAUCUGGAGCUCCGGGAGUGCCCGGUGCCCAGCUGCGGCGAGAACCAGGUGCUGCUUGCGACGCACUUGAUGAGCAUGGACCCCACCAUGCGCAAUGCCAUGGCGGGCGAGGAUGGCGCCGCCCGCACCGGCGGCUCCGCCUACUGGGCCUUCAUGAACUGGACGCCCGGCAAGGUGGUGGAGUGGACCAUUGCAGGGGUGGUUCUGGAGUCGAAGGCUGAAGGAUUUGCCAAGGGCGAGGUGGUCGUGACCUCGGCGCCCUGGCGCGAGAUCAACGCGGUGGAGGCGGAGACGUGUCGGAAGAUCCCGGAGGGCGUGGCACCCUCCGCAGCUUUCUCCUGCCUGGAGCUCACAGCCAAGACAGGUUUCUGCGGCGUGAAGUUCGUGGCGCGGCCCAAGGCGGGGGACGUGGCCUACGUCUCGGGGGCGGCGGGCGCCACGGGGCUGGUGGCCUGCCAUACCUUCAAAAACCUGGGCUGCCGAGUCAUCGGCUCCGCAGGGACCAAGGAGAAGGUAGAGAUGCUGCAAGCCCAAGGCUUCGAGGCGUUCAAUUACAAGGAGGAGCCGGUGCUGGCUGCUCUCAAGAGAAUCGCCCCCGAUGGCCUGAAUGUCUGCUUUGACAAUGUGGGCGGCGAAACGCUGGAAGCCAUGCUGGACAUGCUGAACGACGGGGGCUCUGUGGCGCUCUGCGGGGCCAUCUCGCAGUACGACCUACGCCCCGAGGCGCGCAGCGGCGUGCGGAACCUCUUCCAGGCUGUGGCCAAGAAGCUCCGCAUCGAAGGCUUCUUGCUCUUCCAGUUCACUCCGGAGGAGCUUCAGGACUGCAGGGACACCAUGCUGUCCUGGAUGAAGGAGGGCAAGAUCUCAGACUGCUGCACCUUCGUGGAUGGCUUCGAGAACCUGCCGGAUGGCAUCCUGGGCCUGUUCCAGGGGACCAACACUGGAAAGAUGUUGGUGCGGGUGCCGGUCGACUCCAAGCUUUAA